AUAUUUUAUUCAGACCACAUGUUUGUGUAAACUCUUGUAAUCGUAAUAGAUAAGAAUCGAUGUUAAGGUUUACAACAUCUGCAACAUCACAUCACUAAAUGACAGAGAAUAAGAAAAUCAUGAAACAUCAGUUCCCUAUUUUUCAAAAUAAAUAAAUAUAUAGAAGAUGCUGAUAUAUUAUUGAAAUUAAAAAUGGCACAACAUAGUGAAAAUCUUGACUUUUCCGCCUUAUUUAAAUUAGAUGUUUUAGUUCACCUCGAUAUCAUAAAUCACAGUUUUUACGAAGUCGGCUUAAAAAAAUUUUUGGCUUUUUCCAGUGAUAAAGAACUCGUUUUCUUGUUUAUUAAUGCUCAACUUGAAAGGUUUGAUAAUGUUUAUGAUUGGGAUUUUAAUGAUAAUCCUGUAUAUUGUAUGUGUUUUGAACCAAGCGGCACUUGGCUACUUAUAGUAAGUGAGCAAAAGGUGUUACUUGUACCAUUUCUCCCAUUAUUUACUCCCGAAAAUUUAUAUGACUGCAAGUGGUCAUCAUCAAGAGUUACUGUUUUGCCACUGGGUGAUAUACCACAGCCAACUUCUGUGGUCUGGUGGUUGACAAAGGAAUCUGAAAAUAUAAUUGUUAUCGGAUCCAAGACUGGAGUAGUUACAUUCUAUUCCUUAGAGUCCCAGAGUAUUGUGGGUGAAGUCAAAGUUGCAGGAGAAAUUUUGGAUUUACAGAUAUGUUUUGAUGAUUCCCUAGACUUGUUAGCUCUGUUGAUCUCUAGAGGACAAUCUCAACAGUGGAAAUUAAUUUUGGAACAUAGAUCUAUGGGCUACAAUUGGCUUCAACAAACUCGAGCUCAAAAUGACAGAGAGAAGAAAGAUGGAUUUAUGUCUUACAUAAGACAACUCUCGAAGGAUAAAAUAACAUUUUUCACUCAAGGUGGAUCUAAAGAUGAUAAGCAAACUGUGGAAUAUGUGUUGAAACCAGUUGAAUACUUGCCAAUGUUCCGCAAAGGGUCUAAUAAUUGGGCUCUAACUGCACAGUAUGUGAAUGGACGACAUUUCUUAACUGCAUUUGAAUUGAAUGAAGGAACAUUAAUUCUUGAAAGUCCAGAAGAUGAUACUCCAUCAAGAACAUUAAGGCCUCAUAUAAAGAAGGAUGGUCUGUACAUACAAGGCUUAUGGUCACAAAGGCUUAUUUAUUUGCUGAGGAAGAAUGAACUUGAAGUACAUAGUGCUAAUUUCUCUGUUGUUCAGGGUGAUGGUCUACUGGGAGCUAAGAGAGAGUUCAGUGAACUGUGGUCAGUGGAACUGAUAGGCGACGUGCAUCGCGCCUACUUGAUGACAGCUCGCGAGCCUCCCGCGCCCACGCCCGGAUGGCGCGAGCCCACGUUCAUGUGCGACCUACAGCUGCCCCGCUUUCCCAUUGAACCUUGUCUUGUGGUCACAAGCUGUGGAGCCUACAUAUUGAAUACUGUUUGUGAGCCAUCAGAAUGGCUGGUGAGCCUGAUAAUGCGGGGCGGUGUGGGCGCGGAGCAGUCGGCGGCGGCGCUGGGCGCGUGCGUGCCCACGCUACUGCGCGCCUCCGCCGACAUGCUUAUGUCCCGCGGGAAGAUCGCACCUGCACAAUAUCUCUUCUCCCUCUCACAGAGCCAGCCGGACGGAUGGGUGGCUCGGCUGGGCGUGUUCGGGCGUAUGCACGAGCUGUCGAUGUACAAGCCUACAGGCGGGGGCGCGGCGGGCACGCUCGGUAACGCCGCCAUCACUGCAAAGCUGCUGGCAAUGCUGCUCAAAGUCGGCACCAACCCGGAAGAAAAGUUUGAUGUGGACGUACAAUUGGUAACAUUAAGCGAGAAGGAGUUGGUGGAGCUGACAUCGGCGGCGGCGGCCGUGGGUCUGUGGGAGCUGGUGCCGCUGUUCAGCCUGUACCACGGACAGCCUCACCUGAUGCUGGCGGGGGUGAAGGGCCGACGCGAGCUGUGCCGCGGCGCGCUGGCCUGUCUGCUGCGACACGCCUGCCUGGUGCCCAUACUGCUCGAGGAGAACGCACAGUGGCUCUUCGAUUUUAUUACAGAUAAAUGUAAUACAUUCGAUACUAAACUUUUAAAGUGCUUAUGUCUCUGGAUGAAUCCACUGCAAGAUCAGCUGAGGCCGGUGAUGCGCGAUUUGAAACAAGGAAUAACAUCUAUUUAUACAACAAGAAUGCUGCAACUAAUAUCGACUUUCAUGCGUGUGGCUUGCGUUAUUGAAGCUAGGUCACCUUGCCCAGACAUACAUGUAGAGGUGACAAAGAGACCGGAGACCUGGAAGAAUCAGUACACACCGAAGCGUGCUUUGUCCUGUGGUCUCAGUCACUGGGCGCUGGCUGAUGAUGGCAAUGUCAAGGUGAUGAUGACCAACACUCCUGUCAACACUGAAAUAAUCGGCAGAGUUCUCGAUGUGGCCUGCGGAAGACAUCACACUUUGAUACUGACGGAGAACGGAAUAUACGCAGCGGGUGACAACCGGUACGGUCAGCUGGGCGUGGGACGUGCGUGGGCGGGUGCGGGGGGCGAGGCGGGGGGUGCAGGGGGUGCGCUGCUACACGUGCGCACCCCCCCGCGCGCUCCCGCCGCCCCCCUCUCCGCAGUCUCCGCCGGACACUACCACUCCGCCGCGGUUGACCUUGGCGGCAGGCUCUACACCUGGGGAUGGGGUGUUCACGGACAACUUUGUCUCGGCAAUAUCGACGAUCAAUACACGCCGCAGUUGGUUACAAAAUUUCUUGGUAGAAAAGUGCUGAGUGUGGGUUGCGGUGCAUGUCACACAGUGGUACUGAUGAAGAACGGCGAGGUGUGGGCGUGCGGUGCGGGCGUGUUCGGUCAACUGGGGGGCGGAGCACGCGCUAAGGCCGCCCUGCCCGCACGCAUCGCCCUACCAGAUACAGUGACACACAUCGCCGUCGGAUACUUCCACACAUUGGCGCUGACGGGCAAGGGGCAGGUGUGGAGGUGGGGCGCGAGCCCGCAGCAGGUGCGUGCGAGCCAGGCGCGCCGCGCUGCCUCCCCCUCGCCCUCGCCCGCCGCUCCAGCCGCCGUCACCCCCGACCCGCAUCUGCUGCCCCAGCUGGUCGAUACAAGGAAUGUACGCGGACGUAUCGUGCAGUUGUCCGCGGGAUGGCAUCACUCGUGCAUACUUGACCACACGGGCGCUGUUUAUACGUGGGGCUUGAACUUUGACGGACAAUUAGGCAGCGGCAAUCGAAAGCAAGUUGUGAUACCUACGGAAGUGAAAACCCGUCCGGAGGCUCAGCCUGACAAUAAUAAGAGCAGCCGGACACCGGACACUGAUGAUGGCAAUGUCACCAAAGCGCUGGUGGCAUGCGGUGGUGACUUUACCAUAUACAUUGAUGAUGAUGUCAGGAUCUACGCGACCGGCAAUAUGAGCAAACAUGUGAAUAACGAGAAACCGAACAAUCGUGUUAUAAUGAUGAAGACAACGAAACGGGUCAUAAAGAUCCCCGCGAGCCGCAACAGCAACAAGUUCCUGUUCCAGCCGCUGGACCGCCUCGAUAUCAUGUUCCCCUUCGACGUUGAUGUAUUGCGCCGCAAACCCAUUGAACCCGUACCCAAUCCAUUACUCAACAUCAAUGACUUCAAGAAGAAAUCCUGGCCUGAUGAUAUUAUACUUCUCCUCCAACCCUGGAUCAAUCAGCAAGUGUUGGUAGACAACCCAAAUAUGGCUGCCAAAUUCUCUUAUCAUAGCAAAAUGUACUCAAACUGUCUCGAUAUGUUACUAAAGUCUUUGAAACAUGUUAUACCGAACGAUCAACUUUACAUCACCCAUCAGAAUGAAGAAAUAAGUGCCAUAAAAAAGGAUGAAAUGAAGAUUUUAAUAACUAACACAAUAUCUAAAAGAAUCAAGGAUAUAUCGAUGUCUAUAUUAAAUGAAGAAGUGUUUCCUGUCAUGGAAAAUAAUAUUUAUCAAGCUUUACCUUGUUGUUGUGAUGAAUCCAGUUAUUUUAAAACGAUACAACAAAAUGUAACACAAAAUGAGAAUAAUAUUUCAGUUAAAGCUGCAGAUGUUAUAGACAAAUGUAUAAGUAUUUUUCCAAUCGAUAAUGAACUAUGGGAAGUUUGUUUUCGUAUAUCAAAAGAUUUUUAUAUAGAUAAUGAUUUAUCUAUUCAAGAAUUUGAGAAAGUAUUGGUCAAAUAUAUGGAAUCUCAUCCUCCAACAAUGGCCGCUGCGUUGAUGUACUCAAAUGAUUGUAUGCAAUACAGCAAAAUAUUCACACCAAAAUUCUAUUUGAAUAUGUGCAGUCAAGUACUCGAUUCUUGGGGUUGAAUUGAUUAUAUGAGAAAUUUCGUUUGAUCAAAAUUAACGUACAAUCGAGGACAUUUUUUCCCUACCCAUUUCGGUAAAAUUUCUUAUACGCUCAAUGUAGAUCGACCAACUUUUCUGGCCCGGUGAGCAUAAAUGACACUAAAUUAAAAUAGCAGGACAGCGCCAUCUUGUCAACGUAAAACAAAUUGUCAUAAAACUCGUCAUUGCUGUUUUGUCAUUUUUUUAUCAAAUUAUUUUUUAAUUUAACCUAAUCUGUCUCAUCAGGCCAGAUAUAUUUGUCGAUCUAUAGGUCGAAAACCUUCAUAGUAAUAUAUAAAGGUAUCAAAUUAUAGCUGUUAAGGUGCCAUUUUGUAUUCGCUUGACUUGGGAAGCAAAUUUCAUUAUUUGUAUGUCAAUAUAUGUAUUGAUCCAUUAAUCCAUUAAAAUUAUUCUUGCGAAUUUAGUAGAGAACUUAACAAGAGGUAAUGUAGACUCUUCAUUAUAUUUACCUUGAAUAAUAAUUGCCUACGUAGUUAAGAUUGAAUACAGGGCGUCUUGUAGUAGAUAUUAGAACUAAAUGUUUGUAUUGGAAUUGACUUCUCUAAGCGUGGGUUUCCACUGCCCUAACUACUGUAUAAUUAUGUAUAUUGUCCCUGUUUUUACGAACAGAAUGAAAGGGAUAAUAUUACCUACAGAUAUUUAGUGGAAAUACACAAUCAUAUUAGUCUGUAAGACAAUGUAUUCAGUAUUUAAAUAUAUUUUACAUAAUGCAAUGUAAAUAGUAGGAGACUUUAUUCUCGUAUCAACGUGUAUUUUAUAUAUAAACAACUCAAUUGAUAUCUGAAUUUCAUCUGUUAAACGUAAAUCGUCUGAUUGUAAACAAAAAGAUCUGUUAUAAUUUGACAUAUGAUUGCAAAACGCAACAAAACAAACUCAUGUUGUGGGCGUCGCCGACGUUUAUGUAGAUUUAGUACCGACAAGUAAGUUUUGAGUUAUCUAGGUUGAUAUAUAUUGAAUGUAUGUUACAUACCUAGUACUUAUUUUGUAGAUUAUAUAUCUAUUUUACAAUUUGUCGAUUCUUCAAGCGGGAAAGUUGUCCUCCUCUCUUUUGGCGACGCCCAAGUAUGCAACAUUUUGAUUUGUAGCGAUGAAUAACCUAUAUUACAUUGUUUUGAAGACAAUUUUUUUUUACAAGUUGACACAAUGUGCUUAUAGACAGUCAAACUUGUCUGACCCGGUGGGUAUAAGUGAAAAUAUCAAUGUUAAAAAAAAUGUUUGUCGCAUUGUAGCUGUCACGUAUGUCAUUUUCAGCAUAUUCUCAUAACAGCGUCACUCACCGGGCCAGAUAAAUUCGUAGCACUAUAAUAAUUUUUUUUUUGUGUAGGAUGUUACUGAUGUAUGUAAACACAACUUCUGUACCCUGCCAUGAUUUGAACAAAUAAUGGAAGUUUUGUUUUUUAAUUAGGUUCUCUUGCCAAUAGUUAUAUAAGAUCAACGUUUUUUUGUUUUAGUUGAAUAUAUCUAACUUUAAUGUUAUUAGCACAUUUUACAAUUUUGUCUCGUUAUUUUUUAUGCCGAUUUUCUAUUAAGAAUGAUAGUUAAUGAAACUGGUUGCUAUUUUUUAUUCUUUGUUAACAUGUUUUUUGUUCUAGUCAAUAGCUUUAGAUUAUUUUGUUAUACAACUAACCCGAAUUUAUUUUCUCUCUAUUCUUACUAUUUGUAUAAUCUACAAAGCAUUAUAUUAUAUACAAUCUUUUAGAUCGAAAUAUGUUUUUAAUCUGUGAUUUGUUU